CCUUUUAGAUUUAUUAUAUUAUUCACAUUUCCGACAAUUUUUUUAAAUAAAUCCAAUGUCUUUUAAUCUUUCACCAAUAAAACCCAGUUUACCUCAACCAAAAUUAGACCUAAUUAUUCAUCAAACCAAAAAUUCCCAAAAAUUUCUUCUCCUCUUCCAAAAAAAAAAAAAAUAUACCCAUAAUUAUUUUCCAAAAAUUUUCUGGAAAUAAAAAUAAAAAUACAGUGAGCUUAUUUUUAGAGCUUGCUUCUUCACUCUUUAAUGGUGGAAAUCAAACCCAUGUUUAACUUUCAUUGAUUUGAUUUUUUAAUCACUAAACAAGCUUAGCUUAUACUCAAAUCAAACAAAACUAAAAUCACCUUUUUCUCUUUCUCUUUUUCAUUUUCAUUUUUUUUGUUUUUGUUUUUAGAGCUGGGUUUAUUUCUAUUUUGCUAAAAAUUACAACAGCUAAUUUUGAUUUCUGCAAAAAGUUGAUGGGUUCUUGAAAAAUCUAAAAAAUAAUUCCUUGAAUUUAAUUUUUCGAUUUUGAUUUUCUGUAAAAAAAAAAAGAAAAAAAAAGCCAGUAAAUGAAAUGGAAGCAAAGGAAGGAGGAAGUAAUAGUGGAGUAAUAGUAGUAAGGUCAGAUGCUCCAACUAAUUAUGAAAUAGCCCCUAGGAUUGAGGUUAACGCCGAUGAGAUUCCGGCCUCCGAAUCAACUCCAUCUCCGCUGGAGCAGGUGGCGUCGCAGCCGGGAUUGAAGAAGAAGAGGGGUAGACCAAGGAAGUAUGGGGCUGAUGGGGCUGUCACGGUGGCUCUUUCUGCGAAACCCAUAUCCACCUCCUCCCCUUCCGCCCCUUCCGCCGCCGCUAACGUUAUCGAUUUCUCCACUGAGAAGCGGCCGUCCGGUAAGGUUCCCAAGGUGAAGUUGGCUUCUGCUUCUCCGGUCCUCAAACAACACCAACCCCAACACCAACACCAACACCAACACCAGGCGCAACACAAGCAUGAGUCCGAGAAUUGUGGUGAAUGGGUAUCUUGUUCUGUUGGGGCUAACUUCACUCCUCAUAUCAUUACAGUUAACGCCGGUGAGGAUGUUACUAUGAAGGUUAUAUCAUUUUCUCAACAAGGCCCUCGGGCUAUAUGUAUUCUGUCUGCAAUUGGCGUAAUUUCCAGUGUAACUCUUCGUCAGCCUGACUCUUCUGGUGGUACAUUGACAUAUGAGGGCCGUUUUGAGAUACUUUCUUUAACUGGUUCGUUCAUGCCUUCCGAGAGUGGCGGGAUAAGGAACAGAUCAGGAGGGAUGAGCGUUUCAUUAGCAAGCCCAGAUGGUCGUGUUGUUGGAGGAGGUGUAGCUGGUUUGCUUGUUGCUGCUAGUCCUGUGCAGAUUGUGGUGGGAAGUUUCUUAGCAGGAAACCAGCAUGAACAGAAGCCGAAGAAACAAAAAUCGGAGUACAUAAUCAGCGGUCCACCAGCUUCUACCGUACACUUUUCGAAUACAGGAACGCAGGACAGUUACGGGGGACAAGGCUAUCAUACUUCAGGUACCACAUACUCGUCUUAUCAAGGAGACAAAAGGAAUGGCUCGGCUGAUUACAAUGAUUCUAUACAUGAAGGUUAACAACUUUAACGCCAACAACAUACAGGAAAGCUUUGAUGAUUGGCAACAAGAGAUAGGCUACUAUUGAGAUUGCCUACGUAAUUUGUCUCCUCUGUUGCUCACAUCUGUAUAAACCUCUGUUACCUGAUUCGUUAGUAUGAGAUUGAGUACAGGUUCGCCAACCUAAUUUGGUAAAUUAGACCGAAAUUACACCAUUUUCUUGUUAUAAUUUUCUUUCUCGGUUCGCGGUUUGUGGGGGUGAUUAGAGAACUAGGUAUAAACUUAUGUGAUACUCACACUUGCGUGGGUAAAGUACGUGCUUAUUCGAUACAGCUGCUGUUAAUCCUCGAUUAUGUAGGAAUUUUAGUGUUAGCUUAACUUAAUAGAUAGGGUUUUCCUACAGGUGUUUAAUUUUUUUUAUGUAGAAUAAACUUGUAUUCAUCCACCAUAUCAAUUCUGAGCAAAUGGUCUUCAUUAGUGUAUUAACAUUCUCUUAAACUAAUCUCUUUGAAAGUUAAUAAGGGGACACAAAA